GUUUGUUCAAGUCAGCGGUCAAAAUAAAGGUGUUGGCAUUGCUUGACGUUGACUUGGUGGUCCUGAGUUACUGUUGUGUUGUGAUGAAUAUAUUCCGGUUUCUCGGAGAUGCGUCACAUUUUGCUGCCAUAAUAAUCUUACUUCUAAAGAUUUGGAAAACUAGAUCAUGUGCUGGUUUAUCUGGACGUAGCCAGAUUGCGUUCGCUAUCGUGUUUACCACACGUUAUGUCGACCUUCUCACCACUUACGUGUCUUUGUACAAUUCCUUUGCGAAAAUUAUUUUCAUUGUUUCGUCUUACGCCACGCUAUACAUGAUAUAUUUCAAAUUUAAGCCAACUUAUGAUGGGAAUCAUGAUACAUUUCGACUUGAGUUUCUGCUGGUUCCAUGCGCCGUGCUAGCACUAAUUGUCAACCACCGUUUUCAGCUUAUUGAGGUAUGUUACCCCAAAUAAUAUUUUGGCUCAAAGUUAUUAUGGACUUUUUCCAUAUAUUUAGAAUCAGUAGCCAUAUUACCACAACUCUUCCUGAUUAGCAAAACAGGUGAAGCAGAAACGAUCACAUCACACUACCUAUUUGCGCUUGGUUCUUAUCGUGGUUUGUACAUACUUAACUGGGUAUACCGGUAUUAUGUACAGAGUUAUUAUGACCUGAUUGCAAUCGUUGCUGGUGUGUUACAGACUUUGCUGUAUUGUGAUUUCUUUUACUUAUAUAUCACACGAGGUAAGCAGCUGUUUCUCAUCUAUUAGUAACAUUUCAGUGAUAAAAGGAAAAGCUUUCGCCCUUCCAGCAUGAUCGAACAGGUAGUAUGCGAAUCUCAGAGAGGUUAGCUGCCAUAAUUAUCUUUCAACUUUCUACGUUGUUUCACUACAGAGUCAAAUUUAUAAAAUGACAGUUUGAGAGGAAGUGUGACUAAAGUCUGCAUUUAUGUAUACUACAUCACUGGACUGAACAUAUAUCUUAACGAUAUGACCAUGUGCCUGACAUCUUUAUGAUAAAACCAAUAACUUUAUUUCUAGCUGCUUUGUUGCUAACUGUUAAUACGCUUUUGAUUUCAUCCGACUGCAAACGGUUGUUUUUAUAUUCAAUGUUAGGUGAGUCUCAUCACUGAAGCGAUUUCGUCUACCUUAAUUUAAGUAAUGGACUUUGUUUUUACGGUUAGUUGGUAUUUUCUAGCUUUGCUAAUUUUAUCUCCACGUUCUUUUUACUUAAUGGUUCUGGGUAUGGUGUUUGACUAGAAACCCACUUCACAAGGGUGCUAUUCGUCAACUUAAUAUUUCCAGUCUUAUAUUCAUACCUCGCACUUUAAGUCCCUCAUCUUGAUCAUCAUAUGGGAGGACGCAGUGAACGCAUUGAUUUAUUAAGUAUCAAAAAAAGUAAAUAAUCGGAUCUUAUUUUCAGAUUUUUGACUUCACUUGACUGUUAUCAUACGAGCACUUUUGAGUAUGCAUCACGAUAAGUAAAUUGCAAGUUUACGGUUUACCAUAUUUAAAUUUCGGAGGCUAAAAAAAAUAGAUGACUGCUGUAAAAAAUCGUAGUUUUAUUGGUAGACGACUACCAAACAAAAUUAAACGACGUAUAGAGAUUGUAUGGUAUAAAAAAUAUAAUUGCAAUUGAAUCUUGGACAGUAUUAAGUCAUGUCGUUUUUCCUCUUACAUCUAACCUUUUUAAUCUUAGCACUAUUUUCAGCUAUCCUUUCUUUGAAAACGGUUUAUUUUCUGCCAUUUUAUGAUGUGUAUACAAACAGUGAAUGAACGCCAUGUCCAUGGUUGUGCUUCUAAAAUCACUUUUCAUGCUUUACUAUGCUACUCACUCUUGGAUGGACUAAAGUAUUCUUAAUCCAGUUACCUUUAUUCAUUAUCGGUGGUUCUUUAUAUUGAGAUCGUUCCAACUUGAUGGGAGUCGUGAGUCAUUUUAUCAUGUAUAUAUUAUACAUUGUUGUAACAACUGGUAAUAGUAUAAUGCACUUAGGACUUUGUGGUUAUUGUCUAUUAGUUCAGAUACCCUGCUUCUAACCAUUUACUCGUCUGUUGGGAACCCGCCCAACUUACUGCCACCUGAACAGUCAGGUAUCACAAAUCCUGAUGUUAAAUGUGGUUUGUUAACCACUGCUUGAAUAUGCACAUGAUGACUGUCAUUUCAACAUUAUAAGACUUGAAGUAAGAAUCCAUGGAAUUUUGGUUACUGUUUUGGGAAUUAAUUUCCGUCUUGAAUUCAAGACCCUGACUAGUUUUCAUGUGCUGUCUGGACUGAUGCAGAGGCCGACCGCUAUUUCUUUGCAGACGUCGGAUACCCAUGAGUGCGAGAAGGAAAAAGAACAAAGUUUGGUGGUGUGAAAGGAGUCAUAAUUGUCCUACCAUGAGUAAGAUAACUGGCUAGGGGAUUGUGAAUGAGCAUCUUGAUGUACCGAAUGGUGUAGAUGUUCAACCGUAUGCUUCCAACUCUAAAAGUCCGGCAAAACUAUGAAGGUUAUCACUAUUGUCGGGUACUACCGAGCUAUAGGUUAUUGAGUUUGGCUGGUUUUUUGUGCCUAACCUCCUGUACUGCUGAAAAGAGAUACCAGUCGUAGUAAAAACCUAACCACCUCGCCUCGACUAAAACUCUACAAAUAGAAUCACUAAAUAGAACUGCCCCUGCAUUGUCUGUUUUUAUCUUAAGGCGUUUAUGCAAGCUACAAAAUGGUCAACCAAUCAAAAAGUUGUCCUCGAUCGUCGUGUUUUCUUGAAAUCCUAUCCAAUACUCAUCGUACAUGGGAUCAAAAACAAACUUUAGCACCGUGAUGUUAAUUUACAAAACCUGAAAUCAAUAAGCUACAGGAAAAGGAGCAUUGGUAAAAACGAGUUUGAUUUGGAAGUGACAUAACGUGUAUGAAAAAUGCUAAUGACUAAAAGAGUUCUAAAAAAAUUAAAAAUUUGUGAUUGAAGCCAUAACAUGAGAAAGUUGAACAACAUUAUACACUGAUAUAAAAGACCAAGGAGUAAAUAAAUAAUCAGUUAAAUGUGGUAGAAAGUUACCAGAAUGGCUCAAAAAAGAAUAAGAUAACACUAAUUCAUCCUGACGAUUGAGCUGAAAUAAUGGGACAAAUUUGCACCGUAUCUCUUAGAGUCUCAUACCAGAUAGAUAAACAAAAUUAACGUAGAAUCUCGAACACGUGCUUCACGAUAAACGUUGCCACAAUUUACAGUAGUAUAUCAAGAAAAACAAUCGAAAAAGACUGAAUUCAAGAUUUAAAAAAUCACGUAAGAGAAUAAACAAUCUGAAGACCAAGGUUAGUGUGAAUAAUCAAUCUUAAAAAGACGUCAAAGAGUGAAUAAAUUUGCGCCACUGUGGCCAAUUUUCAGCCGUUUCACCAAGAAUGUGUGUCUGCGCCUUAUUGGUCUUGAUAGCAAAACCUGUCUACGCUUGAUUGAAAGGUGAGAAAGCCAAAUACGUAUAUAGGCACGAGUCAGCUGAGCGUUUAGCUGAACAUGGCAGCAAUGCUCAUCCGGAAGAAACCUAGUGUCAUAUUAAGUCUGCUGUAGAAACAACGGUAAAGACAGUUGGUUACCUACAUCCGAAGGUUAGCGAACGUCAUUAGGUUUUUUACAGCAUCAUCCGAACUGAUUGAUGCAAGGAGACUGAUUCCAGUUGGUUGUAACCACAGUGGAGUGCGAAAGCAACUCAAACGUAAGUUGACCAAGAGUCUUUGAAAUGAUCGCGAGCAUCUGUGGGUGGCGAAGGCGAGAUAUGUAGAGAAGGCAUCAGCGUUGAGUAACAUGCAGCACCUAGUUAGUCUUAUUAAGGAUACAAGCCAAGAAGACGAUGGUUAGAGAAACCAUCACCGAAAAAAAUGCGACGCUGAUAACUUCCCAGGAAAGGCUGCUAGAGCGUUGGACAGAACUCUUCGAAGCACAGCUCAACUGACUCCCAGCAACGCCUCAGUUGCCCGACAUCCAGCCUGAACCUGAAUGGGACCUAGAUGACGGUUCUCCAACUCUCCUUGAAGUUGAGACAGCUGUAUUGAACCAAUGUAAACAAUGUAAAGCAUAGGACCUGAUAGUUUGCCGCCUGAGGAUUUUAAGGAUGGAGUAGGAAAUUGCUGAUUAGAAUGAUGGAAGUAUUUUGUAGUGUAUGGAAAUUAGAGUUAGUCCCAUCAGGCUGGUGUACUUCGCUGUGUAUCCCAGUCUAUAAGAAUAGAAAGAAAUCCUCUUGUGCCAACCAUGAGAGGAUUAGUUUGACUGAUAUUUUCAAAAUCCUAGGGUCCAUAGUUAUCCGACGCCUAACUGGAGCUCGAAAACAGCAAACUCGAGAGAACCAGUACGGUUCCAGACCUAGACGAGGGUGUAUCGAUCAUGUUCUACCCUCCAACAUGUUUUGGAGCACAGACAUACCUAACAGUCGACAAUUGCCAAUUGAAGGCAGGAUUCAACCGUGUUGAUCGUGAGGCAUUGUGAUGGUGUCUGACUGAAAAGAGUACCGAGCAAGCAAGCAUACGAUAAUCAAAGUGCAACUCAAACUCACGCAACCAUGUAAGGGUUUACGAAGACUUGUCAUCAGAAUUAACGACAACUAUUGCUGUCCGACAGGAACACCAAUUGUCACCGUUCCUACUUCACUUCGUCAUAGACACACUGAUCAAUAUAAACUUGAGUACGUCAGAUUUCACAGGGAUUGACUUUGUCGCUGGGGGUUAGUCGGCUGGCUUGGAGUAUGCCAAUGAUAUUGUCCUGCUAGUUGAAGACGCUGACACACUGCAGGGUCUUUUGAACGCAUUGAGCAGAAAUCUGAGUAUGUUUAGCAUGCGUUUCGCUGGCAUCUGUCAAAUGUAAGAUGAUGCUCCAGGACUGGUCUGCAACCACUACAAAUCUGACGAUAGGGAAUGAAGCAGUGGAAUGUGUUGACUACUUCACUUACUUGGGGAGUUGCAUCAGUCUGAUCGGGCUGGUUGCUGACGAAAUCUUAAUGCUGGGAUACAGAUGGUCUGUUUGUCAUUUGCCAACCUGCGUCACCUGUUGUGCCAACUGGUGAGAUAGCCGAUCGUCUAUCAAAGGAUGAGUAUACUGCACUGCUAUCCAUUCUAUCCUGUUGUACGACUGAGACAUGGCCGUUAGAAGUAGAAGACAUGAAGCGACUACAGGGUUUUGAUCACAGAUGUUUUCGUAGCAUCGCUAGUGUUUGGUGGAAUCACCAUGUGAGUGAUGUUGAUGUCAGCCAAGGAGCACUAAGCAAGGCAAGCAAGUAGAUUGAUCAGGUUGUGAACCUUCAUCAGCUGAGAUGACUUGGACAUGUACUGCACACGCCGAGCCAUUGCCUAUCUUGACAUGGCAUGCUAGGGUAAUUUGGAUUAGAUUGGAAAGGGGUUCAGGGUGGCCAGACUAGGACGUGGUACCAGUCGAUGAAGUCUUUUACUGUUGGUCUGGACCGUGUGGGUAGAUGUAGACUGUCUGGUUGGGGUCCCCGAGACGAAAAGAAUCAGUGAUUGAAGAUUCUUGGUGACGGCUGGAAAUCGAUCACAGUGGCGCAGAUAUAUUAAUUCUUUGACGUCUUCUAAAGAUUGACCGUUCACCCUGACCUUGAUCUUCAGAUUGUUUGUUCUCUUACGCAGUUUUGUCUUCUUUGAUAUCACUCAUUUUCUACUCAUUUGUUCUUCGUAUACUCCCACGGUGAAGUGUGGUAACCUUUACUGUGAUGCAUAGGUGUUCGAGGUUCUACGUUUAUUUUGUCAGUCAGCCAUAAAUGUUGUUUUCGGUUAGCAUGUCACUGACUGUUUGUCUUAGUUUUGGAUGUGCUCUUAGUGAAAUUUUGAUUAUUUUAUUUACUAAUUAUCAAUAAUCACGCCAGAAAGUUCUCGUUUAGUAGACGCGUUUAUAAUAAAUGUUGGUGGUAAUCGCCUUUGGUACUAAAGGAAUCAUUUUUCAUGCAAUCUGAAUCCUUCACUAAUAGUAUUUUUUGAAAGAGUUUCACAUUCGUGUAGUGCUGUGCCGUAUUCUUUCUGAACGUAGUUUCACUUGUUUUUUAUCCCUAACCACUGUCUACGUAAUUCAUAUAUCUUUUCCCUUCUGCUUGUUGAUAUCAUUUGUUUCCGUAUUAUCAUUCGUGCUAGGUUGUGUUUCAAUGUAGUUAUGUUUGUGAACGUCAUCGCACAAGCGUUUGAUGGAUAAUUAGUGUGUAUCUGCAUUGUUCAUAUUCAAUAAAUAUAUAUUCUUCACAU